AUGGGAGCAACACCCACUUUGCCACCUUCAAUUACUUGGCUGCAUCAUCUAGGCAGUUCAGCUGAGGGUCAGACACGAAUGACUGCCGAACUUUUUCGACAAGCCCCAAUCAAGUUGAUCUACGAGCCUUUUCCCCCAAACCCGACGCUGCAUCCAAAAGUACUAGCUGCCAUAAUGGAUAGUGGCCAAGAUCUGAAUGCCGAGGAGGAAAGUAAUCGCAGCAUCAUGCUUGUUGCCAUGCACAACCCUGAGACGGCCACCUUGAUAUUGAAUCAACCUGCCCAAUUGACGGAAACUGGUCCGUUUCCGUGGUCUAUGAUAGGCAGUAUGAUUGAAGAUGUGUCUUGGAUGAAUCAACACUGGAAGCACUACCUGCGGAGAUUCCGCAUGGAAGACCUCCGUCGUGUCUCAAACCUGGAACCUAGGCGAGGCUGGAGUCCUCUUUGCCUCGCUACCUGCACCGACGCCGUCAAAGUCAUGGAGCAUUGUCUCGAAAUGGGGACUGACAUCGACUUCGAGGGCAGCCCAUACGGCUCGGCCCUAAUGGCAGCUGCGGGGAUGAAUCGAAUAGAGUCUGUAAAGUUCCUAGUUCGACACGGCGCAUCCAUCUGUUAUGAGGGAAAGGAAGGAUUCACAAGCGCAGUGGUCGUGGGAGCCUCGUCGCAGAGGGUUGUUCAGUGGCUAUUGGUCGGUCGUUUCCAAGACCAGGGGAAGCUUGAGGCCGUUUCAGAGUCCAGCACGAUCAUUACCGAAAAUGUCCCAAUUCACUCGUGGUCUCCAGCCAGACUUAAUUUCAGACUUGCUGGAAAAUUCGAACGACAACCAGAUGAGUCUUCGUUGGAUUAUCUCAAAGCACUGGCUGAGAUCAAAAAGAACCUGAGAGGUCAAGUUGUGCACCUACCGAAGCCGGAGUAUCUUGAAACUUCAGUGGUCACUGCGGUCUACGAUAUCUAG